CCUGAUACCGUGACCCGUUCUGGGAUCUCCUUUUAUGGCACCUGCCGGAAUUUAUCGGAAUGUGAUAGAGAUCCAACAAUUGUUUACGUAGCGCCGUCUGCAGAAUCUCACAGAGUAACAUCUACUGUCGAAAACAUCGCUUACCUGGGAGAACAAUUUGUAGAUCUAGGGAGGAGAGUGAGUUCUAUUAAUAACUCUCUGUAUUCCUCCUCGACAAUCCUACCUCGUAAAGUGCUGAAUGUGAGGAGAAGCCUGGUUUCUUGGGAAAGGAUUCCUUAAUCAUUGUGACAGUGGUCAUUGUCUUGGGAAGAUGACGACGAUGAAUAUUCAGAUGAGUAAGCAGAAUGUGAUGGAACCCUGGGGAUUCCGGCUCCAGGGGGGUCAGGACUUCAGACAGCAGCUCACCAUUAAAAAGGUACAGCCUAAUAGUCCUUGUGCCGGUCGACUGUCUGCGGGGGACUCGGUGCUGGGUAUUAAUAACUACGACUCAAGACAACUUACGCAUGCGCAGGCACAGAACCUGAUCCGACAAAGCGGAAAUAACUUACAGCUCACAGUACUCAGAAACCAGAGCGGACUUGAAAGGAUCGAUUCCCUAAAGCCUAAGGGACCUGUUAAAUUUUCACCUUGGAGACAACAAUAGAGUAAGAAGUCAAGGUGCGUGGUAGCGCCUGUGUUCGGAAGAAAGGAUGUUCAGGGGUUGUGUACUGUGUAUGCAAGCACCAAAGCGUGCCAAAUAAACAACAUAACGGUACUGGAAACACAGACCUUUCCUUUCAAGCAUUCAUUACAUGUUUAGUUUCAUUUCCCCCUUUGUUUGGUCGUUUUUAUGUGAUUUUUUAUUUAAGUUUAUGAAAGUGUUUAUUAAGUUGAAAAAGAAUAAUGAUAAUUUUUUUUAUUUUAUUCAUUUGCAAAAAAACCAGGAUAAUAACUUCUUGAAGAGAAAUUUGUUUUUUAAAACCUAACAUAAAUUCUGCUUAUUGUUUACAGUGUGCGAGUUUCUAACGAUGUUUUACUGACUGUAUUUAUGACGUCAUCUAGGGAUCUGUAGAUAACUCUAGAGAAACCGUCUUUAGCUAUUCUUGUUGGAUACAACAGGCCGAUUAUGUGCAAUAUGAGAAAAUUUUUGUUCACAGAGUGCUAUUUCAUUCUGAAUUUCAUGUUUGUACAUAUUGAUGAUAUUUAUAGGAGAGUUUUCUUAAUAAAAUGAAAUAACUUUUUCAA